AUGAAGAACCACUUCGCCAAUCACGGAGACCUCGAGCACUUAAAGUGGAUGCAUGAAAACUGCAGUGCGGCUCUAUCAACGGAGGGGAUGGACGGUGCGGCGACCAAUGGCCACCUCAGCGUUGUACACACGAGUGGGAAAUGUACAACUGCAGCGAUGGAUGGUGCGGCUAUGAAUGGCCAUCUCAAUGUGGUGAAAUGGCUACACAAGAACCGAGAGGAAGGCUGCACCACGUCGGCAAUCGAUCUUGCUGCUCAGAAUGGCCAUUUCAACGUGGUUUUGUGGCUGCACUGUAAUCGUGAUGAAGGUUGUACUUCUGCAGCAAUCGAUGGAGCUGCAAGUAAUGGAUUUUUAUUGGUUGUAUCCUGGUUGGAAAAGCAUCGAACCGAAGGAUGUACAUCUGCAGCGAUGAUUAAUGCAGCGUCCAAGGGAUUUCUGGAAGUUGUAAAGUAUCUGCACACAAGUUUAAACGAACAAGCAACCAACGCUGCAAUCACAGUUGCAGCGAGUAAUGGUCACCUCUCAGUUGUGAAAUAUCUACACGACAACCACUCCGAGCACUGUACGGCGGACGCUAUCGCUCGAGCGAAUGUUAAUGGACAUGACACCGUUGUUGAGCUCUUGCUUAAGCACGAAGGAUGUCGUCGUGCCUAUGAAGAAAAUCGGUUCAUGGUGGAGUCUCGUGAAGCUACAGCCGACGAUGGAGCUGAACUUGAAGCGCGACUUCGUGUCGAAGAGGAAGCAAAAAUUCGGCUUGAGGAAGAGCCGAGGAUUCGAGCCGAAGUUGAGGCUACCAUUCGAGCUGAGCAAGAGGAGACUUUAAUGCGUGUGAGGAUCCGAGCUGAGAUUCAGGUUGAAGUGGAGGAGAAGAUGCGCGCUGAAAUCCGAGCUGAGCUCCUGGCCAAGAAGAAGGUGGAACCGUGCCCGAUCUGUUUCAUACAGACCGACAACUCGAUCACGACUGCAUGUGGCCACACGUUUUGUUCGGCUUGCGUGGCGAAGUUACGCAGUAGAGGACACGAAUUGUGUCCCAUGUGCAGAUCUUCUCUAAUUGAAUAG